GGGCGGGGCCAUAGAUAACUUCUCUCCUGCAGGUUCAUUCUCAUUCACUUACUGCUGCUGUAAACACGCUGAAGCUCAGGCAGUACGAGUUACAUCCAGCUGUGUUACAGAUCAGCGUUAAAGUAGCUAAUUAAAAAACGUUGUUAGUGUCAGUACUUUCUUGUGAAGAUCGGUUUAACUGCAGAUAAGCUGAAAAACUGAAUUUUCGACCCCGUUAUUAUCGAAUCUCCACGGCUGAGAGGAUCUGCAAAGUCCGUCUAGAGGCUACAAAACAGGCUGAGCAUCAGUCUUAAAGAAAUGCUCAAGACCUGUUGUACUUGAUCGCUGUUCUACAAAACCUGAGGACUUCUUAAACCCUCUGAUUCAGCUGUAGAGGAGCGCUAUUUCCCCUUCUGCAGUGAUGAUGGAGAACAGUGGAAUGAGGAAUAGUCACACUGAAAAACUGUUAGAACAGCCCUGUCACAGUCAGAAGUAUGUGGACUCAGUCCAGGUUAAAACAGAAGAUGAUACAGAUCCGAUUUGGGCAUGUUACGAAUCAUUAGAAAAGCAGGGGCCGAGCGAAGCUUUUGGUGUUAAAACAGAACCUCUCUGGGUAAAAUCUGAAGCUCCAGAAUUUGAAGAGGCAAAUGUCACCAGAUGUGAAAACAUUUUCAGUGAUCAGGACAGAGCAGUGCUUAGUCAGACUGUUGGUAUAAAGAAUGAGGAUCAUGCCUGGGAAAGCUUUUGGGAUUGCUAUAAUUCAGUCCCAGGUAGUGAAAACCAACAGACAGAGAGUGACAUUAAACAAGAAAUUGUAACAAUCAAGCAGGAGUGCUACACAGCAUCAAAUCUCCUCUUGACUCUUGCAUCUCAGACCAUCUCAUCACCAGUUGUUACAUUGGCUUCAAAGAAGGACAGCAAAAGUAUUGGUGAUCUUCAAAAUGAGACCUUCACAGUCUCAAAUCCAAAGAGUAUCAGCUGUGUUAACUCUGUCUCUUCAUAUAAAUCACCCAUAAUCAGACAUGUCCUUGACUCAGGAUCUCAGAUUAAAGACACAAACCAACAUGUAGCAAGACCUCCAGACAAAUCCCAGCAUAUUGUCCAAGAAAAAUGUACACCCCAACACAUCUCUCCUUCUAAUACGCUUUCACAGUCUAAUCUCAGACCUGCACAUGGAGCAAAUCAGCCACAUUCUUCAUCACCUGAACAUGAACAAGCAGGUGAAAACAGUGUUCCACAGCAAGGUGGCGUGUGCUUGGAAAGAUCAGCAUCACAGCAGGAGCAGCCAUUGUUGAAUUGUUUUCAAUUCUAUCAACAAUGUCAAAAAACCAUGCGCUCACAUUAUGUGGAGGGUAGUAAGCACAAGAUUCCAAGAUCAACAAAAUCAGAAAAACAAGAAAUUGUGACAAGCAAGCAGGAAUGCUACGCAGCAUCAAAUGUCCUCUUGGCAAUGGCAUCUCGGGCCAUCUCAUCACCAGUUGUUACAUUGGCUUCAAAGAAGGACAGCAAAAGUAUUGGUAAUCUUCAAAAUGAGACCUUCACAGUCUCAAAUCCAAAGAGUACCAGCUGUGUUAACUCUGUCUCUUCAUAUAAAUCACCCAUACUCAGACAUGGCCUUGACUCAGGAACUCAGAUUAAAGACACAAACCAACAAGUAGCAAGACCUCCAGACAAAUCCCAGCAUAUUGUCCAAAAAAACCCCAUCUCUCCUUCUAAUACGCUUUCACAAUCUAAUCUCAGACCUGCACAUGGAGCAAAUCAGUCAAUUUCUUCAUCACCUGAACAUGAACAAGCAGGUGAAAACAGUGCUCCACAGCAAGGUGGCGUGUGCUUGGAAAGAUCAGCAUCACAGCAGAAGCAGCCAUUGUUGGAUUGUUUUCAGUUCUGUCAACAAUGUCAAAAAACCAUGCGCUCACAUUAUGUGGAGGGUAGUAAGCACAAGAUUCCCAAAACAUCAAAAUCAAAGAAUAAAGCACAGACAAGGAACUGGAAAUGCUGCCAAUGUGAUGUUGCCUUAAUCUCAUCAGGGCACCUCAUAUACCACUUGAUGAAGAAGCAUGCUAGAUCUAGAUGUGUUCAUUGUGACAUGUCUUUUAAUAGUAAAAAAAAGCUUGCAUAUCAUAUCAAGUGCAAACAUGAACCCCCUGCCUCCUGUGAAGUGUGCGGUAAGGUCUUCCGCUCUGGGCAUCAUCUCAAAGUUCAUCAAGCAACACACAACAAAGAAUUAAUCAAACACUUCUGUGAGUUGUGCGGCAAGGGUUUUAGACUAAGAUCAGCACUCCAGAUGCACAUGAAUGUACACACUGAAGACAAACCCUACAAGUGUCCCGACUGCAAGGCCACGUUUAAAGCCGCCUUUUAUUUAUCGAGACAUCGCAUCACACACACAGACCUGAAGCCGUUCUCCUGCCAUGUGUGUCAGAACAAGUUCAGAACAAAGGCAAAUUUGAAAGUUCACCUGAAGACUCAUGAUAAAGACCCACUGAAGGAAAAAGGCAAGAGAAAAAGAGAGACGAGGACACAAAAGAAAAAGCAAGUCCAGCUGUCUGAGUCAGAGGAGGAAGAAUGGGAAGAAGAAGAAGAGUCAGAAGAACAAGAAGAAUCAGUUGAAGAGGAUGAAUAGGUACAAGAAGAAAAUUAAGAAAAAUAAAGAAAAUAAAAAUGGAAAAGAUGGUAACCUAAAGGACUUGUACAUUGAUGGAUCCUAUUGGAUUUAUCCACCACAAGAAUCAGGAGAUUGUAGGUGAUCUACCUCUACAGGAUUUUAUUAUUCUGUUUGAAAGAAAUGCUUGAUGUAUUAUACACACUGUUCUUAUUACUAUUAAUGUAAUAAUUGUCUUGAGUUCAGUUCCAACUAUGAUCUUGACCCUUUCAAACACCGUUAGCUGCAGUGGACAUCAUGAGCUUUCUUAUUUUUAUAGACAUAUUUCACUAAUUUAGAUCUGUUGACCAUCAGAAUAAAUGUUAACCUGACAAUCGCGUAGCAGCUUAGCUCCAUCUACUAAACUUAGAAAAUAAUCAGCAUGCUGGUACUCCUACAAUGAGUAGUAAUGGCUUAUUUUGAAAAAAUAAGUUAUUCAUAUUUUUACUAACACUAGUUCAUACUUUUUCUCGUCAUGUUUUAAUUUUAAAAAUAACUUUGUUAAACUGCACUGGUUUUACAUUGUAACCUGUCAUGUAAAAACAUUUAAUACAAAUAUCACGUGAUUCUUUUA